AUGGCUGAAGGGCGGUUUCUUCCCAUCAUACCGACUUGGUUCAGCAACAUCGCAUCGCAACGGAAUGCGGUUCUUCUCAGCCUGAUAGAGUCCUGGUCACCAAACUCCAGCGUGGAUGUACCUCGCGCCUUUUGCAAAGCUCUGGUCAAUGGGAUCGAAGCCUCAGAGCAUUCGGAUAUGAUCCUCUGCUUGCUUUAUUACCUGGUCUACGGCGAAGAAAAUGGAUACACCUUUACUCCAUCAAUGCUAUGGGAAGCCCUCAUCGCCUGGGGUAUUAGAGACAAAGACUACACAGUGUUUACUCUCACACAAAUCUCCAACGCCUGCGCCAGUUUUGCCUUUAUCGACUCUCAAACGGAGGUCAUGAAAUUGCGAUCACCAUUGCUGUUGGACUACUUGCGAAAUGAAGUAUUUGACGACAAAUACCAUACGCGACACAUCAGGGCGACAUUCCUAUACUUGACACGAGGCGACCACGAAGGCGCGUGCAGGUCAUCUCAAGAGCUCAAAGAGAGACUGAAGGCGCAUCCGUUUCUCUGUUAUGCCGCCAGAACUCUUGCACCGAGUCUUGCAGCUUUGCCAUCGCUGUCUUACGACACAGAUUUUCUAAAAAUGACAACCUCACAUAGAUCGGUAGACUCUUACCUUCAAGCUGCCGAAGCGUGGCCAUACAUUGAUGAAGAGAGCUAUGAUGAGUUUGAAGCUGAGGAAGAGAGAUGGCGGUGUUAUACGCGAGGAUAUACUCCCCUUCACCUCGCUGCUCAUUUUGGAGCCAGGGAGACACUGAUCCAGUUGCUUGUUGAUCGCGGCGACAAUAUUGAGGCUCAAGCGGCAAAUGGACAAACAGCGUUGCAUAUCGCAGCGGAGAUUGGAGAUUCGUCACAUACAGUCAAGCGGUUAUUAGAAUGCGAGGCCAAUGUCGCUGCAGUGGAUGAAGAUGGACUCACACCUUUGGCUCAUGCCAUUGUAUAUGGAUGCUUAGAGUCAGUGAGGCUGCUUAUUAGUCACGGUGCAGAUAUCAAUGCGCUAGAAGAGGAGGAUUUAUUAGAAUGUUAUCGCGAGAAACCUGACAUUGCGGAGUUUCUAGUCGGGCUCGGUGUUGGGAUGCCAGAGGCAGAGUCAGAGCCUGAAGAAUAA